AUGCAAUCCGACGAAUCCCCAACAGUGGAAGACUAUGAAAAUCAAAUCGAAAUCAAAAAGGAUUCAGUAGCGUUUCAUUCGGAGCCAUCGAAACUCCGUUUUUCUUUGUUUGAUUUAUUCCGUCCACUUGCAAUGCCAACACAUGCUCCAGAAAAUUUGAAAUCGGGCUCAACGUUGUCAAAUGAUGUUCAAAUUAACAUUACAUUUUCUCCUCCAGUUCAUUGGACAUUUUGCGAGCCCAUUUGUGGAGUUGGUGAUCAAGCGGUUGAUGCGGAAAACGCCAAAGAAAUCGCUCGGGAUGAUGUAAUCGAGGCUAUAUCCGUUUCUUGCUCUCAUCUCAACAUCAAGUGCAGUACGAAAUCUGCAACCAUCGAGUAUUAUCCGGAAUCUGUCUUAGUGGAGGAUUUUGGGCCAUAUUUUGAUCUCAGUGGAAAUCGAUACCGAAUAAGUGGAAAAACUAUUCCAUUUAAAAUAAACAACAAAAAUCCAGGAAUAGUUAGCAGUUUUUCAAUACCGCUGAAAAUCAAAUUCCAAACAUUCUCUCCUAUUUCUUCAACCACUGCAGGAAAAUUAAGACAAAAGAUAAUCGACUUUCUUUCUGCUCGAAAAUUUUUGCAUAUCUUGAAGCAGCAAGAUUAG